UUCAUUUCAGUUUCUUUGAACUGUUGAAGGACAGAGAAGGGUGCAGGAGAUCCGGACAGAGCGCUCAGCUUUUGAGUCAAAAACAUUUUUUUUAUUUGGCAAAUUUUUAUUCUCCGUCCUUAAAAACAUGAAGUUGCCUCUUUGUGUCGUCGUGCUUGCUGUUAUCAGCGCGACUGCCUUUGCUAAAUUCUCUUCACCAAAGAUCCAAGUUUACAGCCACAGCCCUGGUGAGUUUAACAAAGACAACACGCUGAUCUGCCACGUGAGUGACUUCCACCCUCCAGACAUUACAAUCCAACUGCUGAAGAAUGACGUCGAGAUUCCAAAUGCCAACCAGACCGACCUGGCCUUCGAGCAGGGCUGGAAGUUUCAUCUGACCAGGAGUGUCAAAUUCACUCCCAAAAGCGGUGAAACAUACACCUGCAAGGUCAAACACGUGGGCACUGACAGGACCAUCACCUGGGAGCCUGACAUGUAAACAUCCUCGGCUCCGUUACGCUGCCUGUCACUUGCAGCAGAGACACCGCUCUCUUAUCAUUAAUUCAUCUCUCCUCAAUAAAUUGAACUUCUCUAUAUAUCUGUCACUAUAGGGCUGGGCUAUAUGAUAAAAACGUGAUUAAAAAUGUCAAAGACAUUUUUAUUCACAAAAAAAGAAAGAAAAAUGAAUAAAUGCAAAAAUGGGUUUUGAACCAAGUCACUAAAUGUAUUCCUGAAUUUAAAAAACAAAAUGAUGUGUAUGUAAAAUUCAUAGACACACAGUAUGGAACAAGAUGUUGAGAUACGCUUAGGUUCUGCGAACAAAGAACCAAAAAUAUUGCUACUAUUAAUGAAAAAGCAUAAAUAAUUUGAUUUGGCUUUCACAAAUGAUUGAAAUAUUUGUUAAAGAUCGAAUGUAUUUGUUCCAGUGAGCCACAGUGGAAUUAUAAAAGAACAAAUACUAAUAAAACAAUACAACAACAUAUGCAUAGUCCUAUCGCCCAGCCCUUUGUGUUGUCCUCUUUUUAGUUAAUAAAGCAAUAACUUUACAGUUUUAAUGUAAGAACUAUCACUUUAUGCGGUUUGGAUUAAAUCUAUUCUGAGGUAGAGAAUGCUUUGGGUUUUUUUUUUUUAAAUGUUAUAUAAUUGCCUGUCCUCUUUUAUUUCUGCUCUAUCACAGUGUGUAAAGUUGGAUAACUAUAUUUCUGUUUUCAUUGCCUUUGUUUUAUCUUGAAACAUGUAAUAAUUUACAUCAUUCUCUAUACAUUUUUCCUAUUGAAUGUUUCAAUAAAUCAUGAUGGUAAUAUUAAAAUAAAUUAAUAAAAUUUGGUCCCCCUCUCCAA